UUAUUAAAAAAAAAAAAAAAAAUUGGGAAGAGAGGGAAAGGUCAACGUCGGUAGGCAAGGCGCAAGCAAGACAGGAAUGUAGGUGUUUAUAAAGACGGCGGAUGGGCGUGAUGAGGGCUGCUGUUGAAUCUUUCCCGGCCUUUUCUCCCUUCAAUAUCAUUCUUUCAGCCUUUACCGGUACUUUGUUCAUUCUCUUUCGUUCUCCUUAUUACAUUUAAAAGAUUCCAGUUUUGUUUCAAAUUUUGAUUCAAAUUUACAUAAUAAUUAGAGUUUUGCGGCGACUCCUCAACACUUGCAGUCGCAUGAUAUUUCCGUAUUGGUGAAUGUAAAGCUGUCUAAACACGAAUGGCCGCCAGUGUAUCUGAACAUAUCGAAGCACAUCAUGGAACUCCUGAGUCACAAGCAACACAUACUAACAGUGACAGUUCAUCAGUUGGAGCUGGAUUUCACUCACACUUGAAUGAGGAUGCUGAAACUGACAAUGCUUAUCCGGUACAACUUGGAGAUCAGUUGAGUUGCAAUAUCCCAUUCUCUGUCGAUAAUGUUGCAGAGAAUGGAGCUUCUCUCAGUCACCUGAUGCGUGAUCAAUCUAUAGCUCAAGCAAGCAGUAGUGGUGCCUCGCUGCGAAGAUUAUUUAGCCUGUCAGGCACCUCUCGCCCUCAUUUGGACGAGGAUUUAGAAAAUGAAAUUGUUUCUUUAGCUGGGGAUAUAGGGGAUAGGGUAGUUAGCAGAAGAGGAAGUCAGAGAGAGAGCGUCCAAUCAUCUUCCAUGGAACAAGGGGUUGUUUUUCCAAUUGCAGAAGAAUUAUUGGAUUCAUAUGGCUUUUGGUCUCACAAUCAUUUCCCAAACACUAUAUCUCCGGUAUCACCCUUGGUGUCUGAAAUUGUAACUCCACCUUCCACUAGUGCCCUCUUGAAUAAGAAACAAGAAGAGAAGAAAGAGCUGCCUGCAUCUUUUGAAUACAGUGCCUACCUCAUACAUUUGGCCGUCUUUGGAAUUCUUGGGGUCCUAACUAGGUUUCUACUACAGAAACUGUUUGGCUCUAGUGUUAUAGGUUUGACAAGUGACCAGAGCAUCCUAUAUCUUGAUCUUCCAUCAAACAUGGUGGGUUCAUUCUUGAUGGGAUGGUUUGGUGUUGUAUUCAAAGGCAGGAUAUCUUGCAUUUCAGAUCACCUAGCAGUUGGACUUUCCACUGGUUACCUUGGAAGCCUUACUACCUUCAGUGGUUGGAAUCAGAAAAUGCUUGACCUUAGCGUCAAUGGACAUUGGGUUUUUGCUGUGCUGGGGUUUGUCGUAGGAUUGUUUCUUGCUGCCUAUUCUAUCAUCAUUGGGAUUGAUACAGCUAAAGGUUUUAGUUGGCUUCUCGGAAGGACUAGGAAGAGUUCAGGCUUCAGCAACUUGAGGGUGAAUAGCUUCAAGAGUCACCUGAUAGUUCUAUCUGUGUUGAUGUUGGUGUGGGGUGGUUUGUGGACCACAAGUGGGAUUUUGGAGAAGAAAGAGUUUAAAAACGGCGGCAGUAGUGCUCAGCUUUGGUUAGGUUGCCUUGUUAGUCCUAUAGGGGUUUGGAUGAGGUGGUGGCUGGCACGAUUCAAUGGGUGUGGGUUGGGGAAAGGUGGAAGGUGGAAAUGGAUCCCCUUUGGGACAUUGGCUGCUAAUGUGUCUGCAGCAUGUGUGAUGGCAGCUCUUGCUACAGUUAAGAAAGCAGUGAAUACGAAGGACUGUGACACAGUUGCCUCAGGCGUACAAUUUGGUCUAAUGGGAUGCCUAAGCACAGUCUCUACAUUCAUGGCCGAAUAUAAUGCAAUGAGAGAGAGCAGUCAUCCCUGGAGGGCAUACACAUAUGCAUUGAUCACUAUCCUCAUUUCAUUUGGCUUGGGAACCUUGAUUUACUCAGUACCCGUGUGGGCAUUGGGGUACAAUUAGAGCUCGAGACUUUUUCAAUUCAUCGAGAAAUUCACACAAAAGAAUCGGUGAGUCUCCUGUUUGUUAAGCAAAUCUCAUUCAGCUGAUGCAUAUAUUUUACAAAGUUUAAUGCAAUGUAACACUAGUGUAAUACAUGGAGGUGUACUUCAAGUGUAUAGGUAGUCAAGUGCACAAUAGCAUGUCAGAACUCUGAUUAUCAGUGAUCAGUCUUCUGUAUACGAGAUCAAGCCACACGACACAUUCCGUUAUAGAAUUGACAGAAUUCUUUUUUGUAUUACUUUCAAGUUUCAACCAAAUGUCUAUAAUAUGUCACACAGUUAGUUGUGCUCUACAAGUUUUUGAUAUCAGACAAACUUCUGAUAGAAAUGUUGGCCCCUGUUUUCUGAUCAUUCAGACAAAAAAAAUACUUGGUAAUACACAAAAAAUUGUUUUCAACUGGCAGAACCAUUGAAGUUUACAGUAAAAGCAAGAAGUUUAUUCGGAAAGAAAGAAAUUCAUAGGAAUGAUACAAAGUGGAAACCUGAAUGAUACAAACUCAGAUUGACAUCACUGAGGGAGCCUGUUAAGCUUACAAUAUUUGUAGUCAGAAAACUUCUUAGUCUUGUAGUUAGCCGGAUUGUGUUCGUCGAUGAGGUCUGAGACAGGCCCCACCUCAUGGUGUGGUGGUGGUUCAAUGAAGAUGGGCCAUGACAUCCUUGUUUCCUCUUUAUUCACAGUUGUUCUGUGAAGCACUGCCUUGUAUUUUCCAUUGCUCAGGACCUGCAUGUGAUUAUACACAUUUAUGGUUACCCCUUGUAACUAAACUACUUAUUACAUUAUACAUGUUGAAUUGUUGAUUAUUAUAAAUAGAAGUUCUUAAAAAGUA